UGGGCAGAGUCAAGUGGUGCUAGGAUCGUCAGACGUCAUAGCGGACGCAGAGAAAGAAAUACUGGUAAUUCUACUCCCCAGAAAGAGACUAGUGAAACAGAAUCGGGAAGUAACAAUGGGAUACCUACUUCAUCGAGUCAUGGUCCUAACAACACUCACGUUCCUGUGCCUGUGUUUUAUGUUGCUGUCUACAACUACAAGCCACAUAAGGAAGAUGAGUUAGAGUUGAAGAAAGGAGAGUUGUACACUGUCUGUGAAAAGUGCCAGGAUGGAUGGUUUAAAGGAACAUCCUUACGUACUGGACGCAGUGGGGUGUUUCCAGGGAACUAUGUUCAGCUUCCAAAAAGUUCGUCUCUUCAACCACAUUUCCCUCAGGGAGCGUCACCUGCUGCCAGCAUGAAGUUACCGACUUCCAAGAUUGUCUCGGUCUCGUCUCCUCCCACUACCACAACUCAAGCUGUGCAACCAGUUUUGCACAGCCAGUCUUUUUCUUCAUCGGGAAAUGGCUCAAAACCUUCUGGUUCAUAUCAUAGCAACCCUCGCUCGAAACACGCGGUAACUUCAGAAAGUCGUUGUGGAAUAUUAGUAGGACUGCGAGAGUGGACUCAGAGUCUGGCAGGAAUAGCACCACCUCCACAGCAUCUUCCCAGGCCCCAGCCUUCCUCAAGGAACAGCAUAUCUGCUUUACAAAAG